AAUCGAACGCUUUUGUUGUUUUUGAGAUGGAAAAAACGACACUUGUUGCCAGGGGAAAACCGCGAUGACAGUUCGUGUCCAAUAUGAGUGACGAGAGGAGCGACGAUGAUCCGAUAAUGGAUCUUUGGUACAGUAACUGGGAGCAACAGUGCGUCGAGGCGAUCGAGGCCGAGCCGGAUUACGAAAAUCAGCUGCACAACGAGAAGGAAUUAUAUUCACAACAGAUAUGGACGGGGUUUCAAACAACAGCCUCGGCCAUAGCUCAGCUCUACAGAGACCGAACUCAGGGUGCGUCGCUCUGGCUGCCCUUUCAGACAGCCGCGGGCACCGUCACUUCUCUUUACAAAGAUUCGGUCGACGGGAUGCGGCGGUGUAGCGAACUGGGUCUUCAAAUGGGACGACAAAAGUGUAGUAAAGAGAUUAUGAACUGGGCACGAAAAAAGAGGCGCAUGAUUCGCCGGGAGGAUCUUAUAGCAUAUCUGGCAGGAAAACCACCUCCUCCACGACCACAUACACACAGGAGUUCACCGAAGCCUCGCAUGAUGGUUUGCGGUUCACCACCGUCACAGAGCCCCACACCGAGCAUGGUGGUUACGCCAUCGCCAGCGGUAGGCGUAGAUCCGGAUCCGGAACUUCACACUUUCAGGGAAGCCAUAGCUCUUUCGGGCUCGCCGAUGUCGCGGCGUUCCGGAAGGCAAACCGAAUUGUCGGCCUUUAUAAGCAGCGAAUUCGCGCGCCACCAUAAACGGCCUGCAUCGCACGACGUCGACAUGGGUUCACCGACGCACAAACGUUCGCGUUUCAUGUAACGACGCGCUAUUCGUAAUGUUAGAUUUUUUCAUUCUUUCUCCCCCCUUCGUCCUUCGAUAUUUCCUUUUUCACUCGUCGCCUCGAAAAUUCAUCAUCGCCAUGUCUCAAGCCCCGUAUUUAACAAAUAGUCGAUCAACACUAAUUUAUGAAAACGGUUAACAGAUCGGAGCGAAUGUAAUUCGCCAAAGUAAUACACGACAAGAGUCUCCGAAUGAAAAUUGUCAAUUGGCCGAAUGGCAAUUUUCCUUCUCUUUUUUCUUUUCUUUUAUUUUCAUUUUUUCAUAUUAUUUUUCCUUUAUUAACACGCGGGCUAUAUUAUUUGUGAGUGCAAAGAAAACGAGAGGAUUAAAGGGAGAUCAAAGUUGAAUGACGUCGAAGGGAAUCGGUUCGGGAGCUGAGGGGAGCAGAAUCGGGAGCAGAAUAAAACAAUGUCGCGUAUCUCAAUCGUACCGACGUUUCAUAGAAUAAGUUUAAAUUCACAUUUUCGGCGUGAAGCAAGUAAUAACAAUAAUAAUAUUUAGAAAAAAUCAAAGAAUUAAAAUGAUCAACGAUGUCGUGACGUUCGAGAAAAUUUCGUAUACUUUUGAAUGAGCGAAUGUUUGAAAAACACGCAUUUUUUUCGAGUGUAAUGAGAAUAUCGCGAUUCUUGUUUUGUUUUUCUUCGAUUAAUCCUUGUUAGCGAAUUAAGGAUGAAACACCGGCGAUCGAGAUACCAAUGAAAAUAUAUCUCUCGUCAUUUAGCGUGUUUUCGUUUGUUUUUUAGUUAAUAAAGUCCGAAAUUUCGUCGAUUCUCAAACAUUGAUGCAAAGAAAAGAAAGAGAGAGAGAGAAAGAGAGAAGAAAAAGAAAAAAUGGGGGUACGAGGAAAGAAAGAAAGGAAGAACAAAGAAGGUCGGAGGUCGCACUCGGAGAGAGGGACAGGAAUAAUAUUGUUGAAAUAUCACUCCUUAACGAUGACCUUUCUUCCUUGUAAAGUGUAAUAUUGUUAUGGUUAUUAUGUGAUUAUAGGUAAAUUGAUAUUUGGAAGCUUUUAUCAAUAAAAAAAGAAAUAUGUAUAUAUGUGCAUACACGUACACACGCAUAUACAGGCCGGUCCUUCUUUAAUCGUACGACAAAAACGUUUUUUAAAACGUGCAUUUUAACGAAUAAUCGUUCCAAAUGAAACUUUGAAGAUUUCUAUGGGAAAUUUUUCAGAUGGCACACGUUUGUUGACGUGGGAACAAAAAUUUACUUUGAAAUUUCGAUAACUUAUUGUCGGAUCCACUAAUCGGUGAAAUAAAUUUUUCAUAGAAAUCUCUGAAUAUAAAUUUCCGUAAGAAACAAUGGCUUUUGUCGAUUUUCUCUAUUUUAACGUACUUUUAUUGGGGUUUCGUUUCAUUAACUGAGAAAAGACUCUUUGAAAAGACUUCUGAAGAAACACACCCUAUGAAAUGCGUUUGCGUGGAAAAGAUUAAACAACGACGAUCUGUGCGUGUAUAUAUAUAAAUCAUUUGAUAAAGUUUUGUUGCUGUAAACCCCGUCUGUGAAUCUGUGUGGGGUUGGGAUGCGUAAAAUAGCGAGAAAGGAAAGAAUGGAAAGAGCGAGAAUGAAAAUACGAGACUCGAUUUGUCGUUAAGAUCUCGUUCAAACGGUGAUCACGAAUGUGAGCGAAGGACCAUUCGGUGGGUAACCAUUAAGGCUUUUUAAACCUUUGGAGACUCGGUGCAAGUUUUCUAUGGUUUGGCCUACCGAAGAUGAGCCGCAUUUUCGAAAUGAAUUCUUUCCUGAAGUGCAACAUUGGAUUGUCCAAUUGAACAAACUCGCGUUUGCGUGCGCCUGUUGAUCACAAAUUAAAAGAACAAAAGAUGGAGAAAAAAAUGUUUUAUACUUUGUCGUUAAACCACAAAUCGUUCAUGUUUAAUCGAUUCUUAAGUGUUUUUAAAAAUUCGUCAAAUAUUGUCUAACUUAUUGGAGAAAGAAUGAGAAUAUUUCCGAACAAAUUCCCUUUCAAGUGACCGAAUUUCCGGUUGGUUAGGAAAAAACGUUUUUUUUUUUUUUUUUCGUGAAAAAUUGCUUAAGUCCGUACCGAGUUUGCACACUGUCGCUGAAGAAGCUCGAACUCAUCCUCUUCGUUAAGAAAAUCGCACAAGCACACUCGCAUAUGUAAAUUUGAAUAAUGUAUUUUGACUGGAUUCCGUGCGCGUAUGGACGCUCGCAUACUCUGCGAUAUUUGCUGAAUAGCUGCCACGGUAGUUCAACACGAUCGAUUUAUCCCCGCACUAACGAUUCGCCCAUCGCGAAGCAACAGUUUUUCGACUUGUAAAAACCUUCGAAAUCGAUGAAAUAAUGUCGAGGGAAAAAAAACUAUGACGACGGGUUUGACGCAAAAUCGAGUGAUUCAACUCCUGGCAGCCAUUCGCAGUCUCGUCGUUUAUGCUCGUGUACAGGGCUUAAGUACCAGUAAAACCAGUUGAGGGAGCGAGGGCGAGAAUCUCGAUGAUUGAGAAAGAAAUAAUGGAAAAUAGAAAAUAUAAUCUCGCUCAUUUAACCAACGAUUUGCUUCACCGUCCGAUCACGAGUGUCGAGAGGUGCCUCCGACUGCCCCGCCUUCUCUCUACCUUAAUGUAAAUAAUUAUUUAUCUAAAAUAUCUGUUUAAAAAACUCAUAAGAAGCUCACACGUUUUUAACGAUAUUUUUCAACGGCAUCCCGAGCAAUGAUUCUUUAUGUUGUUACGGAGAGUGAAAAAACCGUAGUUUGAGGCCUGCGGAGCACUAGGGAUAACGGACGAUGAAUGAAUCGCUGGAGCAAUGAACGAGUCGCCCAUUUCCUCUCGGAAUAUCGAGCACUCAGUCGUCCGGGACGAGGUAUAAAUAAUUUAUUGACGUUUCGUUGUUACAAUCUUUUUUUUUAAUUAUAACACUUUUCGACAUUUGCUUCCGAGGCUCUUUACUUUCUCACAUUCGAUCGAGAAAACGAGGCACGAUUGCUCGUUCUCUUCGAAAUUCUAUCAAAAGUCCAUUGGAAAAGGAACUUACGUAAACGAAGUAAAAACAAUGAAAGGGAAAGGGAGCAUCUGAUCGGACAUUUGCUUCGAUCUUGGAGUGACCCGGGGGCCCAAAAAUUUAACGAACUUAAAAAUAUUCAUACGAAAGAAAAAAAAAACAAUAAUAACAAAUGGAUGAAAAAAUGAAGAGAUAAAAGAAAGAAAGAAAAUGAAAACACUUAGGAUAAAUACGAAGAAACCGUUCCGAAAAAACGAAACGAGCGAUUUGUUAUUCGGUUGUAAAUAGAACGCUUUACUAUUAAAUAAUAGUUUACGAUUAAGCUGUAAUACAAUUUUUAGUGAUAAAAGCUAAUAUUAAUAUUGAUUACUAUUCGAAAACGAGAAAACGGAAAGAAACAAAAAAAUGAAUAAAACAAUAGCUUUAAUCGUAAUAUUUAUCGAGCGAAUACCGGCAAUAUCCAAUAAAUGUCCAUGAAAAAAAAAAGAAAUAAAAAAGAGAAAUCCAUGCCUUCGUUUUUCAAAUUGCAAACGUCUUCGAAGUUAUCGACUUCGAGACACAAGUAUUCAAAAACGGGAAACAAAAUUGUACAUGGAAGAAAUGGAGCUUUUUUUUCCUGAAAAAUAUGAACCUCGAGAAUCACGAGGGCCUCUGUGAUACACGAGGAAUUGGCGUAUACGUUUUUUCGUCAUUUUCUUGCACAAAUGGGCUUUAAAGAAUUUGGUAAUUGAAAUAUAAAGAAACUGUAAACGUUUAUACGAAAGUCUGUUUUCGUACAAAAUUCCAUGAUACGCGAUCGUGCUCACUCAAAGUGGAGCAAUAAUUUCGGCAAUUUUAAUCCAAAGAUUAAUCCUCGAACUCGGUUAUUCUUCGUGGUCACGCAGCCCUCGAUUUAGAAACGUUACGAACGAAUGUUUCUGUCACGAAAUUCAAUUUCCCUUUGGACGAACAUUGAAAAAAAUUGAAAUUUUCAUUUUUUUAAUACAAAAAGUGCAUUCCUCCGCUCUCCGAACCUUGCGAAUUGUUUUUUUACAACUCCCGAAAUGUAUUUUCGAUAAAUUCGUAAAAAGGAGUCAAACGAAGGCUGUUCGCAGCGACUUCUGGUCGCUUCGACCACGAAGAAUGGAGCCGACACUCGGUCACGAAUUUCUUCGAUCGCAAUCCUCAUUUAACUCGCGAGCCCCCCCUCCUCUCUUCCCUUCUCCCUUUGCUGUCCGUACUUAUUUUGAGAUAAAAAUGUUCAGAUGCCGGGGAGAAUCGAGUCUGUGAGGAGAUACGAGAGGCGAAAGGGGGGCGAGUUUAAAAGGCGCGCACGAGAUGCGAAAAUAACGAAAAUAAGGAGAGAAGAAAAAUCGAAGGGGCAAAGGAUCGGUGCUGUUCAUUUGUUUUAUUCUUGGACACAAGGAGCUUGUAUAGUAUUUUUGCGUCUCUUGUUUGUAUGAAUUAAUGAAAAUAAAUGAAAGAUGAAACCGAA